CUUAGCAGCAUCCUCAUCCACUGUAACAAGUGUCAACAAUCCAAUCCUCUACGAAAGCAUGGCAGACACUGCGGCAAAUGAGAACGAAACCCGGCGUGUCGACAUUACUGCAGAUGGCGACCUCAUUCUAGUCAUCGCCGACAGCUUCGAGUUGCGCGUGCACUCAUUCAUACUCAAGACCAACUCGCCAGUAUUCAAUGUUAUGCUAGGACCACAUUGGCUCGAGGGCCAAUCGCUCGCCAAUAUUAGCAGCACGACACCGGGAACACUCAAGCUCCCUGACGACGACUCGGAGGCAAUGAAGUAUCUCUGCUUGAUGCUGCACAACCGCCACGACGAGCUUAUGAUACCUCCGAGCCACACGCUGUUGCUGGAAAUUGCGAAAGCCGCUGAUAAGUACCGUUGCAUUUCGAGCACGCGCCUGAUUUUCGAGUUGUGGAUCUCACGACUUGCGAACCUCAAAUACUAUGAAAUCGAGUACAGCCACCUCGCUACUGCAUACAUCCUCGAAGACGCCGCAGUAUUCGAGGACCUUUCUCGACAAGUGCUCAUGAAAGCCAGUCCCCAUGAAUUCCGCACAUUCUGCAAGAGCGCAAAUGGCGGCGAUGAUUUCGGCAUCGUCGCUGCAUUCAUGCUUCGCUACGCUCUUCUUCGCAACAUCGUGGUCGGAGGCGUCGACCGUAUGGUCGAAGAAAUGUGCAAGCUCCUCGGACCAGACAUGAAACACUACGUCGAUAACAUCCCAGGCAUCACAGACGAAGACGCAAAGCAAUUCGUCCGCCGCCGUCGCGGAGGGCUACCAAAAUUCUGCGACUACUACCAAAAAAUGACAGGUGAACACCUCGCUCUGUUCGCCGAAGCUCGCAUUUGGCCGAACUGUCGUGCUGAGGGCCUUGAAAGCCUUAUUCAAAAGCUGAAGCACUUCAAGUUGCCUGAGAUUCAUUUCGAUGAUGGGCAAUGCAUGAGAGAGGAUUUCUGGGAGGACAAUUGGUUCAUUUCCGAUCUGCCACCUGCUUUGGCUGCUCUGAAAGCUAUUGCGGAUCACGUGGACACUGCGCUUUGUGUUCACUGCGUGAGAUCGGCCGAUGGGGCUGGUUGCGCGGAACAUCAGGGUCUGCGUGUCAUUCCGAGUCUCAGCAAGCAGACGCUCAUGACGGUCCAUCUUGAGCAGGUGAGGUUUGAGUAUGGAGAUUUGUGAACCAUCGGAAAAGCGAUUGCUGUCACGAUCAAAAUGCAGCCUGGGUGAUAAGCAGCCGCAAUUUGCAAGACUGAUAGCCGCGCAGAUGGCUGCAGUCGCUGGUCAAGGUGCAGAGAUGAGCAGUGCGAAGAAUUGAGUACCUUGAGUGGAGGUCGAGGCAUGCCCACACUGUCAGAGGCACGAACGCAAGCUGAUAGAUAUUGUAGACGUAAAGCUGUGCAGAC